AUGGUGGACAGCGUUUUCGGUUGGAUUGUUGCUGGUUCCGGUGAUUUGGUUUCCGUUACUCCAGAUUUAGUAAAAUGCCACACUACAACCGUGUGUUUAACCACGCUGGAGGAAAAUUUGGAACGGUUUUGGAACAUUGAAGAAUUGCCGUCGCGAUCCGAUUACUCAAUGGAAGAAAGGGAGUGCGAGCAGCACUAUUCAUCUACUGUUGAAAGGGACAGUACUGGUCGCUAUACCGUGCGUAUUCCGCGCCAUCCAGACUUCGAUACAAUGCUAGGAGAGUCCAAGUCAUCAGCACUACGACGAUUCAAAUUGUUAGAACGGAGGCUAGAACGUGACACCCGAUUAAAAGUCGAAUACCAUAGAUUUAUGCAGGAGUACAUCACAUUGGGCCAUAUGAGACUUCUGCAACCGUCCGAACAGUCUGCUAAUAAAUGCCUUUACCUUCCACAUCAUCCAGUCAUCAAACACUCCAGCACGACGACUAAGGUACGCGUCGUCUUCGAUGGCUCCGCCAAGACAUCAACGGGGUUCUCGCUGAAUGAUGCACUCCGCGUUGGACCGGUUGUACAGGACGACCUACUCUCGAUUGUUCUUCGAUUUAGAACGUUUCCAGUUGCAGUUGUAGCAGACAUCGCCAAAAUGUACCGUCAAGUGCUAGUGCAUUCGGAUGACACUCCAUACCAGCGCAUUUUUUGGAGAUUUGGUGAUUCAGGGCCCAUUCAAGCGUACGAGUUAUUAACCGUAACUUAUGGCCUCGCCCCGUCUUCAUUUUUGGCAACUCGUACACUUCAACAAUUAGCCCGGGAUGAAGGUGCUGCAUAUCCCAUGGCUGCACAAACUCUCCAGAAGGGGUUCUAUGUGGAUGAUUGUCUAGGAGGUGCCCAAUCAAUCGACGAAGCUUUGCAAUUACGAGAGGAACUGGACAGUUUGCUCACCAAAGGCGGAUUCACUCUGCGAAAGUGGACAUCUAACAAGCUCGAAAUACUGCAAGGACUUGAACCGGACCAGAUCGGUACACAAUCCGCACUAAUGUUUGCACCAGAAGAAUCAAUAAGCGCCCUAGGCAUUGGAUGGGAACCGGAAACCGACAAAUUACGUUUUGAUUCGAAAAUUGAUCGAGAGGCCGUAGCUGACACCAAGCGAAAAAUUUUGUCAUCAAUUUCACAAUUAUUUGAUCCACUGGGGUUGAUCGCUCCAGUAGUAAUUCGAGGAAAAAUGCUAAUGCAGGAAUUAUGGCUGCUGCACUGCGAUUGGGACGAUUCUGUACCAGAUAUCGUGCAAGAAAAGUGGAACCAAUAUCAGCAACAACUUCCUAAGAUAGCUGAAUACACAGUAGAUCGCUACGCAUUCCUGCCAAAUUCGAAAGUCCAACUGCAUACUUUCUCGGACGCCUCAGAAAGUGCAUAUGGAGCAUGCGUUUACGCGAGGUCCAUCGACAAUCACGGUAAUAUCAGGGUCCAACUGCUAGCAUCGAAAUCUCGCGUGGCACCUUUAAAACGCAUCACGCUUCCCAGGCUCGAGCUAUGCGCAGCCGUCGUCGGAUCUCAGCUUUUCUCGCACGUUGUGAAGGCACUACAAAUGGAAGUUUCAGAUGCCCGGUUUUGGUCCGAUUCGACGAUAACAAUUCAAUGGCUUCAGGCGCCUCCACAUACUUGGAAAACAUUUGUCGCCAACAGAGUUUCUGAGAUACAAGCCAACACUCAUGGGUAUCGAUGGAGCCAUAUAGCUGGCAACGAAAACCCAGCUGAUUUAGUUUCCCGUGGAAUGAGUGUGGAGGAAUUUCUUGCAAGUUACCUUUGGAAGUAUGGUCCAGAAUGGCUUCGACUUUCAGAAAAGCAUUGGCCGGAGACUGCUCCUAUUCCUGCGGUUUUAGAUAACGUCGAAAUUCGUAGAGUCGUCGCUCCUAUAUUACGCACCAAACCAUUCACUAAUCCAAUUUUCUGCCGGUAUUCGUCAUUCAGCAAACUCGUUCGUGUAGCGGCCCACUGCCUCAGAUUUGUUCGUAAUAUUCGCGAAAAGGCGCGAGCGCAACCUCAGGACAGUACGGUUCAAGGCGCCGGUAAAUUAUUGACGACUCAACAAUUAAGUGAUGCUGAAAUUCGCUUGAUUCAGCUCGCCCAAAUCGACGCAUUUAAGCAGGAAAUAAACGAUCUGAAAACCAAGAGGGUACGAUACGAGUAG